ACAUAACACAAUAAAAACUAAGCAUGCUUCUGCUCAUUGUCUCGGCAAUCCAGGCUGUAUUACAAGUCAUGAUCAUUGUAUCCUUUGGCUUUUGCCUGACAAAACUAGGAUACUUUACCAACGACAAGCAAAAGGUAAAACGCAUGGCAACAAAUAAAAAGCGGUUACCCACAGCAACAAAGAAAAAAAGAAGGGUUCUCAUAGCAACACAGAAAUGGUUCUCAAGACAACACAUUGAUUUCGUCUGAUUUAUCAUUUACAGUGGCUGUCCAAAGUAAACAUGGUGUUUUUCACCCCGUGCUUGUUAUUCAGUAACAUUGCAUCCACCAUUUCUCUCGAGAAACUCUUGGCUUUCUGGCCCAUCCCAGCCUUUUACAUCAUCUUUGCCGGCACAUCGUACAUUUUAAGCCAAUUGACCUCACAUGCAGUCGGCUUGAAACGGCCCUAUCGACGCUUCGUUACCGCAUGUGUAAUGUUCAGCAACACUAAUUCGCUGCCUAUCGCGAUCAUAUCAAGCUUGGCAGUUUCCGAAGCCGGGAUAAUUCUGUUUUGGGAUGCCGACGAUACUCAGGAUUCAGUAGCAGCAAGAGGUAUCUCGUACACUCUUUUUUUCGCAAUCUUUGGCAAUCUUCUUCGUUGGUCGUAUGGUUACAGCCUGUUGCGGAAGGAAGAAGCGGAUGAAGAAGAGAUCGUGGAAUCAGAUAGCGAUACAUUGGACGAGGAGCAGCGAUUGGUGGUACCGGGCUACGGCGCCACAAACAACGAACAGCGCCAAGGCAUGCCCGACCGACAAUCGAGCUCGUUGACAUUGACCGCCCAGCCCGACGACACGAUGAAAAAACCACAAGAAGAAACGAGCAAUCUGUUGUCGACGUUCCCUACGCUGCCGACGGAUCAGAAUAACACUAUAAAUCAGCCGCGUGACCAUGUAUUGAUGCGUGUAGUCAAACGCAUCCACCGUUUCAUGUCGCCCCCUCUGUACGCCGCAUUUCUCGGUCUGCUUGUUGGCCUGACACCGUUAAAACACCUCAUGUUUGACCAAGACUCGUUCCUGUAUCCAUGCUUUACAAAGGCAAUCCAAGUGUGCGGUCGCGCUGCAGUGCCGCUCAUCUUGACCUGCCUUGGCGCCCAGCUCACAAUGAUCUCGCAGUCGCAACAGCCCGCCGACCCUGCAAUCAAGGCGCCAGUGUUUACCGCCAUCUUUGUCCGCAUGAUUCUAAUGCCUUUUGUGGCUAUCCCGAUCGCUAUUGCAUUUGUCGUCUAUGGUGCCCAGUGGUCCCUGCUCGCAACCGAUCCAGUCUUUAUCACCAUGAUGAUCGUUCUCGGAUGUACUCCGACGGCUAUCAACCUGGUCCAGAUCACGCAGGUCAACGGCCUCUUUGAAGAGGAAAUGCUUAGAAUGCUCUUUUGGAGUUACGGUGUUGUUUGUGUUCCUGUUUGUACCUUCUUGGUGUUUGUGGCGCUCAGUAUUGUUGAUAAGCUUGUCUAAAACAGCAGCAACAACAACAACAGCAACAUCAGCAUCAACAAGAACUGCAACAUGUGCAAAACAAACAAUACAAUAUACAUUAUGCAUACCCCCAUCAUCAUCCUUUCCCCCCCACACACACACAAAA